AAGGAAACGAAACCACUGUACGCUUUUGUUUUCGAUUAAUGUGUCCAAACUGCAGGUGUUUAAAAGUUUUUAUCUGCUAAUUUAACAGAUACAGAUAUGGGUGACUUUCCCAUAAACCCGCUGGUUUUGAUUGGUGCCGGGUCCAGCUUUGCUUUCUCUGGCCUUUUCUAUCAUCUAUACCAAGAAAAGAAAAAAGAACUGAUAAAGCUGAAGGAAAUACCCGUUUUCAAGCCAGAUCAACACUUGGUCAGAGUGCUGGGAGCAUCUCCACACAAGCGACUUCAGUAUGUUGCAGUAGAAGGUCUGGUGCAGGCAGAUGGGGAGCCUCUGGCCAGCCAGUUUGUCCCACGAUGCUUUGGUGUGAUUCAGAAGAUAGCAGUGGAGGAGCACUGGAAAUACUGGAACUCCCUCACCAACACAUGGAAUUCACGGACAAAGAACAGAAAAGAAACCAACAACUCGGUGCCUUUCAGUCUGGUCAGCCCUGGCACAUACAUCACUGACUUGUAUGUGAAGAUUCAAAACCCUCUGGAGGCCUCCGGGUGCUAUCUGGACAGGGUUUAUUACAAAGCAAGACGUGCUGAGGAGGGCUUGGUGAACGUGAUGAUGCAGGGCCUCAGCGGGGAGAAACCAGUGGCCAUGGAGGAGAGCGAGGAGCUGCUGCGGGUGGGGAGCACCCUGACCGGUUUUGGUGAGGUGGUGCUGGAGGGGGGUCAGGUGAUGAGGCUGCAGGCCCCGCAGGACGGCCGCAAGUACAUUCUGGUGCCCACUGACCACAGGAGCUUCAUGGACAGGCACGAGAGAUCAGCCAGCAUGUGGAAGAAGCUGACUGCUGUAACCGGCAUCACAGGGGCUUCUCUUCUAGCCAAAGUUAUUUACGGCCUCGUGGGGAAUCAGGAUGACAAAUCAAAAUAGGCUUGCAGAUGUGG